CCGGCCCAAGGUUGCCCAGCUGGUAGGUGAUGGGGUUGGGAUUUGAACCCGGGCCAUCUGACACCAGUCUGUAUCCCAUUCAUUGCUGCCUAGUACCCUCUCUGUUGAAUGGCCCUUUUGCUGAUGUCCUCUCUUACUUUCUUUAUUUGGUAAUCUUUUUAAGUGGAUCUUGACGGAGGAGAUAAAGGAGAGCAUUUAUUUACUUUCUUUCCUAGUCAGAUUUGAAUCUUACCUGAGUCCCUCAUAAAUGUGUUUCCUUUCUCUUUGACAUGGAGCUUGGUGGGGUAAAAAGAGUAGGACUUUUUUUGAGGUUAACAGACUGAAACAGAACCAAAUAAAACAACUUCAAAGCAGCUUCAUAUCACUAAUUAUUAAUAGACUUGCCUAAUUUGAUCCCAAAUUCUAACUUUCAAGUUCUAACAUUUUAUUUUAAAAACUAGGUCAGAAAAAGAGUGCACGCCAGUAUCACGUACAAUUCUUUGGUGAUGCCCCAGAAAGAGCUUGGAUAUUUGAGAAGAGCCUUGUAGCUUUUGAAGGAGAAGGACAGUUUGAAAAAUUAUGCCAGGAAAGUGCCAAGCAGGCACCCACGAAAGCUGAGAAAAUUAAGCUGUUGAAACCUAUUUCAGGGAAAUUGAGGGCCCAGUGGGAAACGGGCAUCGUUCAAGCAGAAGAAGCUGCAAGCAUGUCUGUGGAGGAGCGGAAGGCCAAGUUCACUUUCCUCUACGUGGGGGAGCAGCUUCACCUCAACCCUCACGUAGCUAAGGAGGCAGGCAUUCCUGUGGAGGCUCCGCCUCUGGGACCCAUGGUAGAGCCCUCAGGAGUCCCCGAGGAAGCUGCUGCUGACCCCAGGUCCAUGCGAGAAGAGGGCGUUCCCAUCAAGAGAAGGCGGAGAGUGAAGCUGUCUAGCUCUGCCGAAAACCGAGCGGGUGACCCUGGGACAGUACAGAGUACUCCUCAAAAGAUGGCAGAGGCCGACCCCAAGAGAGGAGUCGGGUCUCCUCCUGGGAGGAAGAAGGCCACGGCCUCCGCUCCACGAAGCAGAAAGGGAGAUGCGGCAUCCCAGUUUCUGGUCUUCUGUCAGAAGCACAGGGAUGAGGUGGUCGCAGAGCACCCGGACGCCUCGGCCGAGGAGGUCAAAGAGCUGCUCGGCUCCCAGUGGGACAUGCUCAACGAGAAGCAGAAGGCGCGCUAUAACACCAAGUUUGCCCUCGUGGCCUCUCCCCAGUCUGAAGAAGACUCCGGUAACGUAAAUGGGAAAAAAAGAAGCCAUACCAAGAGGACACAGGACCCUCCUGAAGACGUUGAAAUUGAAGACGCACCCAGGAAAAGACUCAGGACCGACAAGCACGGUCUCCGGAAGAGAGAGACGGCGAGUGACAAGAUGGCCCGAACAGGUUCUUGCAAGGCCAUGGAGGCCGCCACCUCGCUGAAGAGCCAGGCAGCAACGAAACACCUGUCUGACGCAUGCAAACCACUGAAGAAGCGAAAUCGGGCGUCUGCAGCAGCGUCGUGCGCUCCUUUUAGCAAAAGUUCAUCUCCUUCUGCGUCCCUAACUGAGAAUGAGGUGUCGGACGGCCCGGGAGACGAGCCCGCCGAGUCCCCGUACGAGAGCGCCGACGAGACCCAGACCGAAGCGUCUGUCUCCUCCAAGAAGUCUGAGCGGGGCGUGGCCGCCAAAAAGGAGUACGUGUGUCAGCUGUGCGAGAAGCCGGGCAGCCUCCUGCUGUGCGAGGGGCCCUGCUGCGGAGCCUUCCACCUCGCCUGCCUCGGGCUGGCCCGGAGACCCGAAGGGAGGUUCACCUGCAGCGAGUGCGCCUCAGGGAUUCACUCGUGUUUCGUGUGUAAGGAGAGCAAGACCGACGUCAGGCGCUGCGUCGUGUCGCAGUGCGGGAAGUUCUACCACGAAGCCUGUGUGAGGAAGUACCCUCUGACCGUGUUCGAGAGCCGAGGCUUCCGCUGCCCCCUGCACAGCUGCGUGACCUGCCACGCGUCCAACCCUUCCAACCCCAGGCCGUCGAAAGGGAAAAUGAUGCGGUGCGUCCGCUGCCCCGUCGCCUACCACGGAGGGGACGCUUGUCUGGCGGCCGGCUGCUCUGUGAUCGCUUCCCACAGCAUCAUCUGCACGAGCCAUUUCACUGCCCGCAAGGGGAAGAGGCAUCACGCUCACGUGAACGUGAGCUGGUGUUUCGUGUGCUCCAAAGGGGGAAGCCUGCUGUGCUGUGAGUCCUGCCCGGCGGCCUUCCACCCCGACUGCCUGAGCAUCGAGAUGCCCGACGGCAGCUGGUUCUGCAACGAGUGCCGAGCCGGGAAGAAGCUGCACUUCCAGGACGUCGUCUGGGUGAAACUGGGGAACUACAGAUGGUGGCCGGCAGAAGUUUGCCAUCCCAAAAAUGUUCCCCCAAAUAUUCAGAAAAUGAAGCACGAGAUUGGAGAAUUCCCUGUGUUUUUCUUUGGGUCUAAAGAUUAUUACUGGACGCAUCAGGCGCGAGUGUUCCCGUACAUGGAGGGGGACCGGGGCAGCCGCUACCAGGGGGUCAGAGGGAUCGGAAGAGUCUUCAAAAACGCACUGCAGGAAGCUGAAGCUCGUUUUCGUGAAAUCAAACUUCAAAGGGAAGCCAGAGAAACACAGGAGAGUGAGCGCAAGCCCCCGCCGUACAAGCACAUUAAGGUGAACAAGCCCUAUGGGAAAGUCCAGAUCCACACGGCCGACAUCUCUGAGAUCCCCAAGUGCAACUGUAAGCCCACCGACGAGAACCCCUGCGGCUUCGACUCGGAGUGUCUGAACCGGAUGCUGAUGUUCGAGUGCCACCCGCAGGUGUGCCCCGCGGGCGAGUACUGCCAGAAUCAGUGCUUCACCAAGCGCCAGUACCCCGAGACCAAGAUCAUCAAGACCGACGGCAAAGGGUGGGGCCUGGUCGCCAAGCGGGACAUCAGAAAGGGAGAGUUCGUGAAUGAGUACGUCGGUGAGCUGAUUGACGAGGAGGAGUGCAUGGCGAGGAUCAAACAUGCACACGAGAACGACAUCACACACUUCUACAUGCUCACCAUAGACAAGGACCGGAUAAUUGAUGCUGGCCCCAAAGGAAACUACUCCCGGUUCAUGAAUCACAGCUGCCAGCCCAACUGUGAGACCCUCAAGUGGACGGUGAACGGGGACACUCGCGUGGGCCUGUUUGCCGUGUGCGACAUCCCCGCAGGGACGGAGCUGACCUUUAACUACAACCUCGACUGUUUGGGUAACGAGAAGACAGUCUGUCGGUGUGGGGCCUCCAACUGCAGCGGGUUCCUUGGGGACAGACCAAAGACCUCGACGUCCCUUUCUUCAGAGGAAAAGGGCAAAAAGAGCAAGAAAAGAACGAGGAGGCGGAGAACCAGAGGCGAAGGGAAGAAGGAGUCCGAGGAUGAGUGUUUCCGCUGUGGGGACGGCGGCCAGCUGGUGCUGUGUGACCGCAAAUCCUGCACCAAGGCCUACCACCUGUCGUGCCUGGGCCUGGGCAAGCGGCCCUUCGGGAAGUGGGAAUGUCCUUGGCACCACUGUGACGUGUGUGGCAGACCUUCCACGUCAUUCUGCCACUUCUGCCCCAACUCAUUCUGCAAGGAGCACCAGGACGGGGCGGCCCUCGGCUCCACGCGGGACGGGCGGCCAUGCUGCUGCGAGCAUGACCUGGGGGCCGUGUCGGCCCGGAGCGCCCAGACUGGGAAACCCUUUCCGGAACCCAGCAAGUCCAAGGGGAAGAGGAAGAGAAGGAGGUGCUGGCGGAGGGUCACGGAAGGCAAAUAGCGCCAGG